AAAUAAACAUUGAAAAGUCAUCAGACGUUGAGCGUGCAGCUGCAGUGUCUGCUCGCUCACAUGUUCAUGUCACUUUUCGGGACAAAUUUCACCCUUUCCUGCGAUUGUUUUGACCUAACACGAUAUGUGAAGUUGCAGCAAUGAUUCCUCCAACGAGACAUGGGCUUCUCCGUGGAAGAAAGUCGUUUGUUCUCGCCGUUUUAGGUGUGCUUUUGCUGCUGUCGCGGUUGGCGUCGUGUGCGGAUAUCCACCGUGCCAAAACCCACACGGGAAAAGUUUCCCCUUACCCCGGCCGUGAAAAGAGCAAUGUGGACGGCGAGGCUGUCGUGGUGUCAGAUGACGCAAGCGGGUCUUUCUCGGAGUUUGAGACUGAAUCGAAACCCGGAGGACUGGAGGCGUGGGUGUGUGCCUUGCUCGCAACCAUUCUCGUCGGAAUGACUGGAAUUUUCCCGCUGUUGCUGCCCAUUGACAUUGGACCUGACGUUCAGAAUGGAGAUGGAGCAGCCAGGUUUAAGUGCCUCCUCAGUUUUGCAGUAGGCGGUUUGCUUGGCGAUGUCUUCCUUCAUCUGAUGCCAGAGGCGUGGUCACACGUCGCUCCAGAGGAUCACAGCGGUCAGAUGAGGAUUGGAGUUUGGGUGCUGACUGGAAUCUUCACCUUUCUCGUUCUAGAGAAAAUGUUUGGAGAGAGCGAGAGUGACCAAAAAGUGGAGUCGGGCCCCAAGAGCAAAGAAGCGAAAACCUCCCAUGAAGAAGGCAAAGCCAACAAGUACACAACGCUGUCAGAUACCACCUUGCCAGAAUUGGCAAAGAAUGGCCAUGCCACCAUCUUGCCACAGACCAAACCGAAGACCAGGAAGAGAAGAAAGACGCAGGAAAAUGGGCGGGGCAAGGGCGGGGGCGUGGCUAACGGCUCAGUAGCCAAUGGGCACGUCGGAUGUGCUGAACAGAGCACGACAAUGACCAAUCACAAAGCAGACGACAAGGAAGCUAAAGUUAAGGUUAUCGGGUACCUCAAUCUUCUUGCCAAUUUCAUCGACAACUUCACCCACGGCCUGGCCGUAGCUGGCAGUUUCUUGAUUAGCAAUAAGGUUGGUAUACUGACAACUGCUGCCAUACUGCUACAUGAAAUUCCACAUGAGAUCGGUGACUUUGCGAUCCUGUUACGGUCAGGUUUCAACAGAUGGCAGGCUGCCAAAGCACAGGUCUUCACAGCCACGGGGGGUCUGUGUGGGGCCUUGCUGGCCCUCAUGUCAGAGUCCGCCGAAAAAGCAGGUGAUAGUGCAGCAUGGAUUCUACCAUUCACCUCGGGGGGGUUUCUAAAUAUCGCACUGGUGACAGUUCUACCAGAUCUGCUGGAGGAAACCAACCCAAGGGAAAGUGUCAAACAAGUUUUCUUUCUCCUAUGCGGUGUUGCAGUCAUGGGGGCUGUCAAUCUCAUCGCUGAUUGAGAACGACUCUCAGACACACUACAAGUACAUCAUGGCUGUUUAUAUUGUGAGCUAAACGUAACCAGUUAUCUGAGAAGGUAACCUUGUCAUCUAACAGUGACAAAGUUUAUCAACUAUACUGAAAAUUCAAUAUUGGCUUUGCCCUUCUGCAACAUAUGUUUAUAAAAACUGUAUACUAAGUGUUCUCCUGGGUAAUUGUGAGAUAAAAAGCACAAACUGCUCAGGUGGGACUCGAACCCACGACCUCUUGCUAACAAGUGCAGACAUCUUACCACUGGACCACCAAUCUUGCCGGGGUUGGGUGGCUGGCUCGAAUCUGAUGUAGCAGUGGGUACUGUUCUGGUCUAGUGGUAAGACAUCUGCACUAGUAUCUAGUAGCGGGAGGUCGUGGGUUCGAGUCCCACCCAAGUAGUUUUUGAAUUAUUUUUCACAAUCAUUCAGGACAACAUUUAGUAUAGAGUGUUUGUAAAAAAUAAAGUGUCGGUUAAUGGCAAAACCUAAUAUUGAGUUUACAUCACCCCAACGCAAAUUAGAUUUUGUGAUAUAUGCUGAACUUGUCUGGCUAGCUGUGCAAGUAAGUCUGCAGCUAGACAGUCACUAACACCGUUGGUUAGUAACAAGGUAAAUUACUGUGAACAGUUCUCUUUUGGAACUCACGUCAAGUCAUUUUAUAUAAUAUGCAAGAGGUCAACAGCUGUGUCUUAAAGCUUACGCGAAAACGAGUAAUGAGUUAGACAUAUUCCGACUCUGACAAAUGUGAAGUGAUUUUGUUGUGCCUCGUGCGUAGUAAUUUAAUUAAUCCUAUGCAGUAAUGAAUGUUUGAAUGAUAAAGUUGCCUUUGUUGUUUAUGUGGACAAAAUGGGAAACAAACGUUUCUCUAAUACACCAGUUUUGAACCACCAUCAAUAAAAUGGAGAGUUAAUGUAAAAAAAAUUAAACAUAUCAUGAAGCAGACAUUAUUUUUGUGUUGGUUUAGUAAAUUCAGUCGUUAAUCAAGACAUUUUUAAAAAUUUAAAUCAUGGAUAUGAUUGGAUAUAAAUACUAUAUCAUUUGUAUGCGAUGUACUUUAACCACCAAUAUAAAGUGAAACUCGGCAUGCACUUACAUCGAGAAAUGAGUUUGCUUUGCUUCGUUAACGCUGCAAAAUGUAUGAACGUUUGAUGUUUUAAAUUCUUUAAAACCACAGAGUGAUCAAAGUAAUGCAAGUUUAAGAAUAUAUAAUUUUUUUUUGUAAAGGAAUUUAGAAGUGUAAAAUCAUGUUAAUAAUGCUAUAAUCCUGCCAGUUAGAGAUUUGUUUAUGUGAUUCAAAGUAAUCACGAUUUGAGCUUAUUUUAUUUUUCAAUCUAUUUUUCUUACCAAUGAAUAGUGAAGAAGAAUGUGCCAUUUGUUUUAAUUCAUGUAUAUUGAUUAAUCUUUACUUCUAGGUACAAGUGCGUGUAGAAAGAUUUUGUCUGGAGGGUGCUAGAGACAUUUCACAAAUACUGCAACAAUCCAACUUCUGUAACGGAAAGCUAAUUAUCACACAAGUCGGUGGGUGAACAGUGAAUCGAGCUAUAUAAAAUGGAGACAAUAAUCAACUUUUGAUCCUUUGGACCGAACGGAACAAUACUUGUGGAACCCUUGUAAAGGCCGUAAGUUAAUUCACAUAUUAAACUUCAGUCAACACUACAUGUACUUAAAUAUGACCAGAUGAAUGCAAAUUGUGUACUUUCACCGGUGUUGCAAAAAUAAGUGAAGUAAACGACUCCGAAUCAUGUUUGCGGGAUAAACGAUGCAGCAAAGCAACUUUGAGGAAUGUCAUUGUAAACGUUACAGACAGGGUAUAUGUUGUCACCAAAAUAUAAUAAAAACGGAGGUUUGGACAGAGGAUGUAAGUUCUGUGUAAUUUUAAUUCAGCUAUAUUGUAAAUACGUCGCCAAUAAAAUUAAAACUUUUUUUUCAAA